AUGAAUGUCAACCCCGCCCAAUGCUCCCCUAGGCUGGAAAGCAGAGUGGAGCCAGCACGUCAGCAAUUUCUCCAGAGAAAGCCCGUGCCUGGUCAGCCUUCACCCACGCAAGUUCAAGUGCCGGUUCCAGUGAAGCAGGGGGUCUACGUCGAGGCAUAUCCAACUCCUCCGCCGCAAGUAACCACGGGUUACUUCCCACUAGCACCAAGUCCCCAUCAAUCACCGAAAAAUCAGUAUGCACAGGCUCCUGUCGUACAGCAGCACCAAAACCCGCAUGCUCUGCUGCAACAGCAACAGCGGCAGUAUAACCAAUAUCAGGCCAAUCCACAACAAUUCUCUCCAGCUACAAAUCACAGCCAGUCUCCAGCAUCUUCGCAGAUACCUCAGCUGCAAAACCAGUAUCCUCAGCAACAGCCCAACUUUAUUACACCAGCUGCUAGUCCGAAUAGCAGCAUAUUCCCUCAAUACCCUCAACAAGCUCUGCAAAUCUUGAGCCCGCCAACAACACCGAGCACCCAAGGGUCUCAAAUAGCCAACAACCACAUAGCUUCUCCACAGCAGCAGUCUCAGAUAUAUGCGCUGCCGAGCACGAACAUCGUUGGGAAUUUCGUUCCGCAACGGCAAGGACCCUCGCCGUCUUACCCGCGACAACCUAACAACUUCGUCCAGCCCCAGCAACAAGGCCAUGCAUUUAUACAGCCCCAACAACAAGUUACUCACCUCGCGCAGCCUUCUGCUCAGUAUCAGCAGCAGGGCGUUCAUCCGCAACAAGUUCAAACACAGGCGCAGCAGCAACAACAACAACAACAACAAGGCAAACGUUCCUCAAUGAUGGGCGGAAGCAUGAUAAACAAGAUGUCCUCCAAGUUCACACAACUUCAGAAAGGUGUCGCUGGUCCUCCAACUGCCGCCCAUCCUUAA